AUGCGUUUUCAUUUAGCGUUAGCGUUGCAAGCUCUGUGGAGUGGGGUUUGCCAGGCAGCCAUGCAGCACUACCCCACAGCUUGGGGGCACUACGACGUGUGUAAGUCCCAGGUCUACACGGACGAGGGUCUCACCUGGGAUUACAUGGCCUGUCAACCUGAAGCUGCAGAUAUGACCCAGUACCUGAAGGUGACGCUGGACCCCCCCAACAUCACCUGUGGAGACCCCCCAGAGACCUACUGCGCUCUGGAAAACCCGUACAUGUGCAACAACGAAUGUGACGCCACCACGGAGGAGCUGGCCCACCCUCCGGAGCUCAUGUUCGACAUCGAGGGACGUAACCCCACCACCUUCUGGCAGUCCACCUCCUGGAAAAAAUAUCCCAAACCUCUCCUGGUCAACAUCACCCUCUCCUGGAACAAGACAAUCGAGCUAACAGAUGAUAUCGUCCUCACAUUCGAAUCUGGACGACCUGAGCAAAUGGUCCUAGAAAAGUCUUUAGAUUAUGGAAGAACAUGGCAACCCUAUCAGUUUUACGCUACAGACUGCCUGGACGCCUUUACUAUGGAGCCCAAAACAGUCCGCGAUCUGACCCAGCACACUUUACUGGACAUUAUCUGCACAGAGGACUACUCCAGAGGCUACGUGUGGAAGUAUGACAAGACUGUGAGGUUUGAAAUCAAAGAUCGAUUUGCGCUUUUCGCUGGGCCUCGUCUACACAACAUGGCGUCACUCUACGGGCAGUUGGACACCACCAAGAACCUGAGGGACUUCUUCACCAUCACAGACCUGAGGAUCCGACUGCUCAGACCCGCCACCGGAGCAACCAUGGUAGACGAGACCAACCUGUCCAGAUACUUCUAUGCCAUUUCAGACAUCAAGGUCCAGGGCAGGUGCAAGUGCAACCUUCACGCCAACAGCUGUGUGUACGACAAAGAGAAGCUGAGCUGCGAGUGUGAACACAACACCACGGGCCCGGACUGCGGCCGCUGCAAGAGGAACUACCAGGGCCGGGCCUGGAGCGCAGGGUCCUACCUGCCCAUCCCCAAGGGCACCGCCAAUAUCUGUGUCCCUAAUAACAUUGGUCCAGUUAACUGCGAAUGCUUCGGCCACUCCAACCGGUGCAGCUACAUCGAGCUGCUAAACACCGUCAUUUGCGUCAGCUGUAAGCACAACACUAGGGGGCAGCACUGUCAGCUAUGCAAGCUGGGCUACUACCGCAAUGCCUCUGCCGAGCUGGACGAUGAAAAUGUGUGCAUAGAUUGUAAUUGUAACCCCUAUGGCUCAGUCAGUGAUCGCUGUAAUGGCACAGGAUUUUGUAUUUGUAAGGAGGGCACUACGGGGCCCAAGUGUCAUGACUGUCUGCCCGGAUUUAUGUGGGACAAUGGCUGCAAAUCCCGUGUUUGUGACAACGAACUCCUGCGCUGUCAAAAUGGAGGAGUGUGCGUCAACAACGUGCGCUGUAACUGUCCGGCGGCGUUCACCGGGGUCCUGUGUGAGAAAGCGCGCUGUGAGAACGAACUGGGCGGCUGUCAGGGGCCCAACUCUGGACACGCCCCUCUGACCUUUGACCCCUCCUCCAAAACCCUGCUCCUCCUCCUGCUGCUGCUGUCGGGCUGGUCGCUGCUGAGAGACGCCCCCUGCUGGCCAGUCUAA